CUCGAAUUUUGACGAACUCUGUCAUAAACACAACAGAACAGGCCUGACCUAAACAAGGCUAGGUACGUUAGCGACCAUAGCUAACAGCCGAACCUGGAAAGUUCGGCUCCACGUCUUACUUGACAGCACAUUAAAAGUCGGACCCGGGGCUCGUCUAACGUCAUGUGUUGACCUCGGUUGCCGUGGUAACAGUACGGAAGUUGAUCUGUGCACAAGAAGCGUCUCGUUACUCUGAAACAUGGCAGUGCAGAGUUGGAUUGAUAUUCUAAGAUUAUCCAAGAAAACAGCUUUGAUACACGACGAAAAAAGGAAGAUCCACUACCUCUUUCCAGAUGGAAAAGAGAUGGCAGAAGAGUAUGACUUGAGCACAGAUGAACUCAUUGUACGAAAGUGGCGUAAUAAAAGCACACUCGGAGCUCAGACCCAAUGGCGGAUAGAAGUUGGGGAACCACUCAUCAGCCCUGUCACUUCUUUGGACUCUGACGUGAUCAAGGAGAACUGCUCUAAUCCUAUUUUUAUGCAGAAAAACACACAAACCAGCUUUCAGUGGAGAAUCCGGAAUCUUCCCUACCCCAAAGAAGUGUAUAGUGUUGCCGUGGAGCCAUCUGAGAGAUGUAUCGUCAUAAAAACCUCAAACAAAAAGUAUUAUAAGAAGUUCAGUAUUCCUGACAUGGAUCGCUGUCAGUUGCCAUUGGACAGCUCCGCACUCAGCUUCACUCAUGCCAACAGCACUUUAAUUGUCAGCUACAAGAAACCUAAAGAGAUCUUAACCCUUGAGCAGGACCUACUGAAGGAGCUGAAGAAGAUAAAAGCGACCGGUGAAGGAGACGUCAACUGCAAAACUCAGUGAGCGCUGUCUGUUGGAAGAGAACAAUUGUUUGUUGCAGAAGAAUCUCAAAGCCUUGUUUUCAAGUCAUCGGUGAGGACCGGUGCCUUUUCGACCUUCUAACUGAAGUCCAAUGAUUAAAGUUUUUAGUUAUAAAACUUGUGCCCUCUUAAUUUCAUAUAGGCAUGUUUAUCAAAUUCUAAUAUACGUGUGUUGUGGUCUUACAACCAGAUUUAUUCACUUGGCCCCUGAGCAGUAAGAAUGUAUUUAUUUAAUAUAAAAAUACAUGUACAAAUUUGAUUAAAGAAAAAUCUUUCUAAGAAUUUGUUCACAUUCCAAAACUAUGUUGAACUUCUCGUUACCAAACCUACAAGGGAACAAUUUUGAUGGGUGUCGCAUAACCCGCAACCUUCCUUUCAUUGAUGUCCUUGUAAAACACUCAAAACACACACAAUGCCCCAUCCCUGUUUGUUCCAGGGUCACUGUUACGAGCACAUCCCAUUUGUGUUAACUGAAUAACCUCAUGUUCCUUGCAUGUAGUGGGCCACCCUGAAAGCCAUUACUGAAACUAGUGUAUCUGCCUCCCAAUACAACAGAGGCCUCGUUUGGACAUAACAGUCUCCAGCUCAUACUCCAAAGACACGAGUUAGAAACAAGCCUUUGACGUCUGAGAGACAAAGAUAAAGUCGCCGUUUUAACAUCCUUGGGAUUUGACAGUUUUUUUUCAUCGGGUUCCAUUAAAACACUGUCCAGUCAGAAAUACUUAGAGAGUGGAUAAAAAAAGGCCACAGCUGAGACAAUGAAAUUUAAAUAUAGAUUGUUUCAACCUUAUGAUUCCUUGCAUUUUUUUCCACUUCCAAACCCAGAGAACAAGUGCAAAAAGCACAGACAGAAACCACACGUCCUUCUCACCAUUGUGCUUUGUCUUCUUCCAGCUGGGACGACAGAAAUACAAACAUUUUAAAAGCAGUCAGUCCUUUGGUUUUGCGUACUCUUGUGAGGGACCUGAUGGUACUUUUAUACAGAACCAAACACUGCGUCCUGUAUAUAUCUGACUGUACGUUUGAGGGGCCAAGGUUUGAUUGUACAAAACAUGUAAAAACUUCCAGCUGUUGCGAACGUAUUAAAUACUAUAACUACA